GGACUCUGGGGGGUUUUGCAGUGGGCGUCAUGCGAGGGAGCCCCUAGCCGUUGUGGCGUCAUCGCAAUGUUCCACACGUAUUUGAAGAGAUGCCUCUCCGUGGCCCUCCGUCGACUGUGGUGAGCGUCUCGUUCCGCCUUGCUCGUUCGUCUUCUCACACCGCUGCACGGCCGCCAUCUCCGCCAACUUGCUCGUGGGCAGUGUCCAUUGCUGGGGGUGUCCGGUCGAGUGUUGGGCGAGCUCACUCCGCGAGGAUGAGUGCGAUGUCUAAGGUGGUCCAUGUGCGUGGAGUGGGUGAUGGGGAUGACGUCGAGGCCGGGUUGUCCGCUGUGGAGAGGGCUGUUGUGACGUCUGUCGUAGCCGCCGUCAUCAUGCAUUGCGACAUGGAGGUCGAAGGUCAACGGCGGUGGGCACGACUACGUGCCCGGAGAAGGAAGUUGAUGCCAGCGGCGACGACUGAAACGUUGGAUAGCGCUGCCAUCUGUGAUGCCGUGUUGGAGGUGUGCUGUGCACUGGGACGUGGGGGACUAUCGAGGGCGACGCCGAGGUGGUGGGUAAAAAGGAAGACGGGGGGGACUUGGGAGGAUCUUCGGCCUGCGGACGACGCCACUGACGAUUACUUCCGCAACAAGUUACGGAUGUCUCCACGUGUCUUCUGCGAGAUCGUUGAGAACUUGUCGCCGAUUCUCCAGCGACGUGUGACGUUCUAUAGGGAACCGUUGCAACCAGACCAGAUUGUCGCGUACGCGCUGUACAGGUGGGCGUCGGGCAAGACAUACGAGAACAGCAGCUGCAGCUUUGGGAUUGGCAGGGCUUCAGGUUUGGUGGCCGUCCGGGACGUUACUGUUGCGCUACUUUCGGUGUACAGGGAGAAGGUGGCGUGGCCAACUGGGGUGCGGAAGGCGAUCGUUCUGCGUGCUUUUGCAGACAAGGGUUUCCCGAACCGCCAUGGGUGCAUCGACUGCACCCAUAUCUACGUGGACAAGCCGGCGAAUGCACCUGCAGAAGACUACUACGACCGCAAGAGACGCUUCUCUGUCGUUGCUCAAGUGGUGGUCGACUUGGACUUGCGCAUCCUGAACGUGUUUGUGGGAUAUCCGGGGAGCUGCCACGACGUCCGGAUCAUCCAUCUCUCCACUCUAUGGUCGCGGGCGGCGGCGGGAGAGUUGUUUACAGGGCCUCCUGUGCUGCUACCAUUCCAAGUGCACACGAAUGGUUAUUUGCUGUCCAACAAUGGUUACCCAUCGAGCCAAUGGAUGGUUGUCCCGUUUGGCGGCAUGGCGCAACAUCCCCUGGAGAGUCGUUUCGACAGCAAGCAGAAGACCGCGAGGGGGGCAGUGGGGAGGGCAUUCGGGAGACUGAAAGGAAUGUGGAGCUUGUUCCUAGGCUCUCACAAGACCAACAUGGAGACCUUGCCCCAGCAGUUCGUGGCCGUCUGCAUCUUGCACAACAUCCUAAUCGACGUCGGCAUCCCUUUCGACGAGAACUUGUUGUGGGAGGUUGACGCCAAUGGAGUUCGCCAUCGGGUGGAUCUUGGGAUCCAUCGCCCCCCCGGGCCGUUGUGCAUGGAAACUUCUACGGGGGAGGCGAUCAUGCUGCGGCAGGCGCUAGCGGAGCGAAUGAUGCGGCGAUGAUGGCAGAAGGACCUCGCGAGGCGGCGGGAGCUGCG